AUGUACCAUCGCGACCCUGAUUUUCAGUUUUUACACGACCGGGUUUCUGGUUUUUUCGCAAACUACCUAAAGUCUGAUAUUGAAAAGUUGAAGAGCAAGAACAAGAGGAUGAAUGAGAACGAGGAUGGUGAUGAUAAUUAUAUCGAGUUUAGCUGGGCUGCGGCAUGUCUCCCAUACGCUGGCUACCGGGCUGCCACGCAGCUGUGUGAAAGCAUUGCGAGGAAGCUUUUUCCGCGACAAGAUGGAUACCAAGGUCUUGAAGAGGUACGUCCGAAAAAAAAAAGUAUUGAAGAGGAGGCCGAUUACACGUCAAGAGCGCGAAGCCGGCUGACCAAGGAGGUUUUGCUGCCAGUGAGGAGGAUGACAUGUUAUGACACUUUUGGCGGCAAGUGUAGGAUUAAACAGUAUCUGGAGGACGUGAAAGCCGGCCGCUGCGAGAUUAAGAUUGAUGAUGAACCUACUUCGCUGCUGCUGCUUCCGCAUAGGGUGAUACACUAUGUGGACAAUCCCGAUGUAGGGGACGUUGCUCAACUUCACUGGAAGGCAAUGGUGGAGGACUUGUUCAACAAAGGCAAGUGGAAGAAUUGCUUGGCUGUAUGUAACGUCUCGAAGCCCACGAGUCUGCGAGGUCAGGAUGUGUCGGUGGCUUUUGGGUUACUGGUGUCUCAGCUGAGUGAACAGCCCUGGAAAGGAAAGGUCGUCCCUUUCGCUCGAUAUCCUGAUCUGCGUCUGAUACAAGGUGGAAAUGAUCUCAAGUCCCAGUGUGCCUUUCUGAGGGGCAUGGACCACACCGAAACUUGUCCUUUCCACACGGUGCUUGAUUUGAUCCUCCAAGAGGCUGUGAAUGCCAAUUUGAAGCCGGAGCAAAUGAUCAAGAAGGUGCUAGUUUUCACUCAUUAUGGCUUUGAGAUAUCUAAUGCCGACGGUCACUGGCCAACUACUUACCGGGCAAUACAAAGAAAGUUUGAGGAGAAAGGUUAUGGGGAUGCGGUGCCACACAUAGUGUUCUGGCAGUUGUGGAACAAGGGCGCUGCCGGCAACUGUGUCGAGCCUCCUUCAAGAAUACCAGGGGUGACCAUCCUCACCGGCUACUCGGACAAUUUCAUCAAGUUGUUCCUGGAUACUGAGGGGGAAGUUGGCCCCAAGCAUGCCCUGGAAUCCGCCAUCUGUGACAAAGAGUACUUAAAUCUUGCUGUGGUGGACUGA